AUGCACAAAAAAUUAACUUCCAUAGAGAUCUCCCUACGUAAUUUAGAUACCGGGGAUGAUGUUCAUAACCACACAAUUGGUUCUUAUCUGUCUUAUUUAAGAUUAAGCAACGCCGAAAGAGAUCCAGCAAACUUAUAUGGAAAAGAUCUCUCUUGUCCAGUGGAAUGGAGCACCCUUUUAUCCGAUAUUCUCCCAUCGUCUGUCGAAAUGAAGGGACCAAAUGACUUACUUCGCCAUUUGCCCGUGGAAAUUCAGCCGGAAUGCUUAAUGAUUUAUGUGGGAGGACAUGGAACACAUACACCGUUCCAUGUUGAUGUUUGUGGAUCUUUGGGACAUAAUAUCCUCGUCGCAAAGAGCAGUCCAAAAGCUCGUGCCAUAUGGACCAUAAUCCCCUCAAAGUGGAGAGAAGAUGCUUGUAAAUUUUGGGGAGGAUUAGAGUACGUUUCUGGCGAAGAUCCAACUGCCACCAUAAAGCCAUCUUCUUUGGGGUAUCCCAAUGCUAUUGAGUUGGAUGGGCUUCUCAUUGAGAAUGAAGAUGAAUUUAAAAAUGCUCCAUUUCCGGUGUACAGAUUUUUCCAAGAUGUAGGCGAUCUUGUGGUGAUUCCCCCAGAUUCUCCUCAUCAAGUGCAAAAUAUCGGUGGAACGACCAUAAAGACAGCAUGGAACCGAAUUACCCAUGGUUCGCUUCAUUCAUAUCUCUUUAACAUAAGGCGGUCGUAUUCCAGGCAUGGUUUUAUUAUUAAGUUUCAGAUUAUGCAAGCAAGAAGUCUAUCGCACCAAAGCCAUAUGUUACCACUCAAUGGUGGCCUUGACAAAUUUUCUUGA